CGCGGCUGGCCAGCGCGCACCCGCGGCGCGGGGCACGCGCCUCGUGCACGCGCCCGGCCACGUGACUCCGCGCGGCCAACCGGCGCGCCGGGAUUUAGGGAUAAAGCGCGGCCCCGCGACAGUUGCGGCGGGAGAGCGGCGGGGCAGAGAGCGUGACUCGCCCGCUCCAGUGCCACCGGUUCCCGCUGCGCUUGCCGCCGCCGUCGCCGCGCAACCAUGUCGGAAGAGAAGCCCAAGGAGGGUGUGAAGACCGAGAACGACCACAUCAACCUGAAAGUGGCAGGGCAGGAUGGCUCAGUGGUGCAGUUCAAGAUCAAGAGGCACACUCCGCUGAGCAAGCUGAUGAAGGCCUACUGUGAGAGGCAGGGCUUGUCAAUGAGGCAGAUUCGAUUCCGGUUUGAUGGACAACCAAUCAACGAAACAGACACUCCAGCCCAGCUGGAGAUGGAGGAUGAGGACACCAUUGAUGUAUUCCAGCAGCAGACAGGAGGAACGGCCUCCCGAGCCAGCGUUCCCACACCCAACCAUUUUCCUGACAUUUGCUAUUGAAUGGUGACCAUGCAGCCACACCAAUCACACAAGAGUCCGCAGAAGCCAGAGUCACCGAAAAGUCUCCUUUCCCGAUGCGCUUGGAGUGAACUACAUCCAGAAUACGCUGCAGGGGCGAGAGCAUUACAUACCCUGGUCGUUAGGAGGGUUUGGUUUGGGGGAAAUGAGGCGUGAGGUUUUUGGGGUUUGUUUUGUUUUCAUUUCUGUUUCCUCCCAUUUCUAAAAUUUUUUCUCCCCCAAACUUGGGUCUGGAUGUACAGACUCUCACCCUGUGGCCUGAGUCUAAUCCCUAGAACUGUGGUUUCCUCCGGUGUGACUUGUCCUGAUCAGGUAGAGAGAGCUUGUGGUCACAUUACCCAGUGGGCAUACGUGUGGGAUGUGGGGAGGGGCAGAGAAGCAGAAUUCUACCCGUUUGUUGUAGGCAUAGGAUAUUAAAAUGUGAAAUACUGUAAAUUUGAGCUUUGUCAAGCAUAUGGUGAAGUUAAGGGGAAAAGACCAAUGCUUCUUAAAAACUGUGAGGACUCUUCCUACUGUGGCCCAGGCCUGCAUAUGCCCACUUGCUACUGGCAUCUGGUAAUGGAUACAUCGGUAACGGUGGCACAGUGAAACCCACCCCCCUCCCUUUUUAUAAUGUCGAAGAAAGUAAUUGUCCCGUCCCAUUUGGAAAUUGAACAUGGUCUCAGAUUCUUCUGGUCCUUGCUAGAUACAUAAUUAUGGUUUCUGUCUAAGAAGGUAAUCGGUUAAGUAUCAAGUUUGCUGCGAUGUUGUGUAAGAGCCCCACUUUCAAGUGUGGUUGCAAAAGCAAGCCCAGGAAAGGUGACCUCAUUCUCCCGGAUUGUGCUGUGCAGCUUUCCAAGUGUGUGUUAACGGGACGCAUCGGUGGGUGACUGCGGUUCUGCAUCGUGGGGUCAGUUAAAUGUCUAUAGUCCCUGCCUGUCAUCCUUCUGUAAGGAUCCAUUGCUGCUUGAUGGCCAUCUCUGCCUUUUAUAGUCACCCGACACUGACCUACCAUCUCUCGCUUGCUUAAAGUCCCGAGGAAAAUGUUUCUGCCCGUUUGCUGCGUGGGCCUGGGUGGGGUGUCUGUCGGCUCUGUUGUGUUUCUUCACCGGUUUGUACCUGUUAUCCUUUACUACUGUAAACAGUAAAUAUAGUUUGGUAUUCUGUCUCUUG